AUGUCUGUUUGUAACAGUGGAGAUGUGCAUUUAGAUGCGGCAGUUAACAACUGGUUGAAACAAGAUAAGAAUCCAAAAACACGCAAAGAAGUUCAAGAGGACAUUAAAAACUCAAGAUGGGACAAGUUGAGGGGUUCUAUGCUGCAACGUCUGAAGUUCGGCACAGCGGGCCUACGAGGACCUAUGACGGCUGGUUACAAAGCUAUGAAUGACGUCGUGGUGCUACAAACUGCGCAGGGUAUAUGCUCAUACAUUAAGAAGGUCUGCAGCCAGAGUCAACUGCACAAUGGAGUGGUUAUCGGCUUUGAUGGCAGAUAUAACAGCAAAAGGUUCGCAGAACUUACAGCCAAAGUUUUCAUAUCAUCUUCGAUACCGGUUCACAUAUUCUCAGAAGUAUGUGCAACACCCCUCGUCUCCUUUGGGACCAUCUUCUACGGGGCGGCAGCGGGAGUCAUGAUCACAGCGUCCCAUAACCCAAGGGAAGACAAUGGCUACAAAGUGUAUUGGGGCAAUGGGUGUCAGAUCCUCACACCUCAUGAUGAUAAUAUAUUGGAGGAAAUUGAACAGUGUUUAGACAUCCCUGACGAUCAUUGGAACAUCUCCGAGAUUCGGGCUCAUGAAUUGGUGAAGGACUGUCAGGACGAAGUUACCUCUAAGUACAUGGAGACUAUUAUCAGCCUAAGCCCUGAAGUCCUGCAGGAGAACAAGACAGCUGCAAUUGACGUAGUAUACAGCGCUAUGCAUGGAGUCGGCUAUGAAUAUAUCCUGAAAGCUUUUGAGACUGCCAAUCUUAAGCCCCCAAUUAGUGUAAAAGAACAACAAGAUCCGGAUCCAGAAUUUUCAACGGUGGUAUUCCCAAACCCAGAGGAGUUGCAAUGUCUGGAGUUAAGCAAGAGUUUGGCAGAAGAACGAGGAGCUAAACUUGUGCUGGUCAAUGAUCCUGAUGCGGAUAGACUGGCGGUAGCUGAAUACGAUGACAGUACCAAGAGCUGGCAUAUCUUCACGGGUAACGAGAUGGGAGCUCUACUGGGCUGGUGGCUGUUGCAGCAAUAUUACAAGAAGAACGCGGGAGAUGACGAAGUAUACAUCAUGGCAAGCAUCGUCAGCUCAAAGAUGCUGAGAGCCAUUAUUAAGGGUAAAGGAGAAUUUGUGGAAACGCUCACAGGAUUUAAAUGGAUGGGCAACACAACUCUUUUAUUAGCACAAGAAGGUAAAGUACCGCUGUUUGCAUUUGAAGAAGCCAUCGGCUAUAUGUGCGAUCACAGAGUACCAGAAAAGGAUGGAGUGUCAGCUGCCGUACAGGUAGCCUCGUUAGCAUCACACCUUCACUGCCAAGGCUCUUCCAUUCUCAAGCAGUUGCACACUCUUUACGCAAAAUAUGGAUACCAUGUAACAUACAAUAGUUACUAUAUCUGUCAUGAACAAGCUAUUAUACAGAAAAUAUUUAGGCGCAUCAGGAACUAUGACGGCCCUGGACAGUAUCCAAAAAAAGUGGGUUCUUGCGAAGUGGUAUACAUCAACGACUUCACCGCCGGAGUUAAAAUACCAGAAAAUGUGAAUGGAGAAGCCAAUCAUUUAAAUGUCCUGGGCACCGGUUUGGACUCCGACUACACGUCAGGCGAAAUGGUGAUGUUCAAGUGCCACAACGGGCUGAGCGUCACCAUCAGGACGAGCGGCACCGAACCCAAGCUUAAGUAUUACUCGGAACUGGUAUGUGAAGCACCUACUCGAAGGGAACAAGAAGAAACAAAUAUCAAAUUAAAAGAAAUGAUGAAAGAAUUUAUAGAAGAACUGCUACAACCUGGAGCGAACGGUUUGAAAGCUCAGAAUGAUUAG